AUUAUAUUCUGCGAUACAAAUCAGCUGAAACAAGCAAUUUACGAAACUUCCGGUAGCGCCAUAUUGUUAGUUUGACGGAACUGUGUUGUGUAGGCUGAGUACUGUGUUGCGAAGUGCUUUAAGGAAAUAAAGCGGCAUUACGAACUUUUGUUGCUUUUAUAAAACUGGAGUUCGUAAGUAGUGUAAAAUGACAGCGGAUCUUAAUUUAAGCUCUGUAAAUUUGAAAUGGGAUCCCAAGAACUUAGAAAUUCGGACAAGAACCGUAGAGAAAACUUUAGAACCUUUAGUUAUUCAGCUGUUGAAUCCAAUAAAGGUUACGACAUUAGUUAACACUAAAGGUCCAUCUAAAAAGAAAAAAGGCCGAUCAAAACGUGCUCAUAUAUUAGUAGCAGCUGUUGAGAAGGCAACUGAAAAUUUUAUUACUAAAGGAGAAGAAAUAGCACGGGAAAAUCCCGACAUUCAACCAGAAAUGCUCUUAGCUGUAGAUGAGGUUAGGAAGACAGGAGAAAUAAUGAGCAAAUCAUCGAGAGAGUUUGCGGAAGAUCCUUGUUCUUCAGUAAAGAGGGGUACUAUGGUUAGAGCUGCAAGGAAUCUUCUCUGUGCUGUUACUCGACUCCUUAUAUUGGCUGAUAUGGUGGAUGUUCAUAGGCUUUUAAAAUCACUGCGAUCGGUUGAAGAUGAUUUAGAUAAAGUUAAAAAUGCAUCUAGCCAGUCUGAAUUGAUGAAAUCAUUCCAAGAUUUUGGUAAAAACACUGCUGAAUUAAUUCAACAAGCUGCAAAAAGGCAGGCUGAAUUAAAAGAUCCUAGAUUAAGGGAUGACUUAGCUGCAGCAAGAGCUGUUUUAAAGAAGAAUAGUAUGAUGCUUUUAACUGCUUCUAAGGUUUAUGUUCGUCAUCCAGAAUUAUCUGCAGCUAAAGAAAAUCGAGACUACAUUUUCCGUCAGGUAUGUGAAGCUGUUAACACAAUUAGUGAUGUUGCUCAAGGAAAAUCUACAAGUGGAGCAUUAGGUCAACCUCCAUAUGAUGGCCCAGGAGAGUUAGCUGCUGCUUUAGACGAAUUUGAUGAGCGAAUACUGAUUGAUCCUCUAAUGUACAACGAAGUUCGUACGCGUCCUGCCCUUGAGGAACGACUUGAAAGUAUCAUCAGUGGUGCUGCUUUGAUGGCUGAUUCUUCGUGUACAAGAGAUGAACGCAGAGAGCGAAUAGUUGCAGAGUGUAAUGCUGUUCGUCAAGCUCUUCAAGAUCUGUUGUCAGAAUAUAUGUCAAAUGCUGGAAGAAAAGAUAUGUCUGAACCAUUGGACAAAGCACUCGAUCACAUGACACGAAAGACCAAAGAUUUAAGACGACAGUUGCGAAAAGCUGUUGUCGAUCAUGUAUCUGAUUCAUUCCUGGAAACAAAUGUGCCUCUUCUGGUUCUUAUAGAAGCAGCAAAGAAUGGUAAUGAAAGAGAAGUAGAGCAAUAUUCUCAAGUAUUUACAGAACAUGCAAACAAAUUAGUUGAAGUAGCCAAUCUUGCAUGUUCCAUGUCCAACAAUGAAGAUGGUGUAAAAAUGGUUCGUUUUGCUGCUGCACAAAUUGGCAAUCUCUGUCCUCAGGUUAUAAAUGCUGCUAGAAUUUUAGCUGCCCGUCCUCGAUCUAAAGUUGCUCAGGAGAAUAUGGAUGCAUUUAAAGAAGCCUGGGAAAACCAAGUGAGAAUUCUAACUGAAGCUGUUGAUGACAUAACUACUAUUGAUGAUUUCUUAGCUGUGUCUGAAAAUCACAUCUUAGAAGAUGUAAAUAAAUGUGUUCUCGCAUUGCAAGAAGGAGAUGCUGAUACUUUGGACAGAACAGCAGGUGCCAUUCGUGGGCGUUCUGCUAGAGUCUGUAAUGUAGUUGCGGCUGAAAUGGAUAAUUAUGAACCUGGAAUUUAUACUGAAGGUGUACUGAAAGCCGUAGCAGUUCUCAGAGAUCAAGUUAUGCCCAAUUUCGCAUCAAGAGUCGAAAUAGCUGUUGAAGCUCUUAGUUCCAGUCCACCAAAAGAAGUAGAUGAAAAUGAAUUUAUUGAUGCUUCUCGUCUUGUGUACGAUGGUGUUAGAGACAUCAGAAGAGCUGUACUUAUGAACAGGUCUGCAGAAGAACUGGAUUCAGAAACAGAAAUCGAAUUUGAAGCAAACACUUCUGAAACAAAAAGCAAAUCUAGUGCACAUACUGAUUUUGAUGAAUAUCCUGAAAUUAGUGGCAUAAAUAACACCAGAGACGCUUAUCGAUACAUUUCUGAAGAAGACAAACAGAAAAUUGCUGCUCAAGUAGAGAACUUCCGCACCGAAAAAAGUAAAUUUGACAGAGAAGUUGCAAAAUGGGAUGACACUGGAAAUGAUGUCAUCGUAUUAGCCAAGCAGAUGUGCAUGAUUAUGAUGGAAAUGACAGAUUUUACAAGAGGAAAAGGUCCUUUGAAAACUACAAUGGAUGUAAUAAAUGCUGCUAAGAAGAUAUCCGAAUAUGGUACAAAAUUAGACAAAUUAGCUCGUCAAAUUGCUGAUCAGUGUCCUGAAUCCAGUACUAAAAAAGAUCUAUUAGCUUACCUUCAAAGGAUAGCUCUGUAUUGUCAUCAGUUGAAUAUAACUAGUAAAGUGAAAGCCGAUGUGCAAAACAUCUCCGGCAGCCUUAUUGUAUCUGGUCUGGAUAGUGCAACGUCACUAAUUCAGGCAGCAAAGAAUUUAAUGAAUGCUGUUGUCCUUACAGUUAAAGCCUCCUACGUGGCAUCUACUAAGUAUCCACGAAGUGUUCAAGUUGCCUCACCUAUAGUCGUAUGGAAAAUGAAAGCUCCCGAGAAGAAACCUCUUGUACGCAGGGAGAAACCAGAGGAAGUCAGGGCUAAAGUUAGGAAAGGCUCUCAAAAGAAACACAUUGCUCCCAUCAAAGCAUUAAGUGAAUUCCAGAGUCCAGCUGAGAGUGUGUGAUUUCAAGACAUACAACUAAGAGAUCAGUGCCUACGGCCUCAUUUUUAUACCUUGCCCAAGUGUGGGAUGAGGAGUCGGAAAAUUCUGCUCUCUCUCUACCCCUUAUUUGACUUCUUUCAUUAACCUCUAGUGUCUUUACUCCUUUGCCCUGCUGCUCAGAAAGUUUACACUUGUUCCUCCCUCUUUUCUUUAAAAGUAAAGAAAAGGAUGCUUCUUUCUGACUUAAUGAAAGAAAAAUUAAGUGAUUAAAUGAUGUUCACUUUUUAUUUAAAUGUUUAUAUGUUGUCAGAAAUUUGAUUGACGAAUUAAGUAUCACAAAAAUAAUCAUAGCUUUUGUGCUGCCUCACUUGUGUUAUUUUUAGAUUUCAAGUCUGAUUAAUUGCUAUGAAACAUGGAGUACUAAAACUGUUACAUUUUUAUUUUGUAAUAAAACUUUCAGAAUGUUCUCUCAUAAUAGAAAACUUGGCAGUUUCAAUAAUAGGAAUCUGAGACUGGACCAGAAAAUUUGAAUUGUAAAUGCUUCAUAUAGCAUCUUCCAAAUGUAAUUUAAAUUCUAGUCAUUUCAUUUUCUUGGUAAAAAUUUGAUUCUUUGGUUUAGAUUUGCAUAGUUUUUUCUGGUAAUAUACAUUUAUGCAUUAUCAGAUAAAAUUUCUGUGCAAUAUUAAGAUAAUAAAUGGAAUUAAAUUGUUUUUGUGUAUAGUAUUUUAUACAUUAUCAGAUAAAAAAUUUUGUGCAGUAUCAAAAGAUAAUAAAUGGAAUAUUUAAGUUGUUUUUGGAAGGUAUGUGCUCUAAAUAAGUUUUAAUAUAAUGGGGAUAAAUGAAUGUUUCCAUAUUUUUGGGGGGUUUCUUUUGUGGUUUUUGUAAUGGCAUUAUAUGUAUUAUUAUUAUUUUAGAAUAUGUGUUGUACUGAGAUAAUAGUUAUGUGUCUCUAUUUGCCUUUGUUUUUUUUUAGAAGCAUUAAAUGUGUUACAUGUAAACUGGCAGAGCAUAAAGCUAAGACUACUUUUGUAAAUUUUUUCAUCUCAUUAGUCUGUGAAUAUUUAUAUUUGUGUAAUUUAUAUAUUUUAUAUAUGUUAUUAUUUUUAGAGAACAUUAUGAGUUUUAAUAGAUAGCAUUCCUUUUUUUUUUUAUCUGAAUGUAAAAAAUUUUGUUUUUGAUGCAGUGCAUUUAAAAAAAAAAAAAAAAUUCUGUACUCUGGAAAAAUUUGGUGAUUGUGAAACAAUGUGAUGUGUUUCUCAUGAAGUCUGGUGAAUGUGCAUGUAUUUUCAUAUGCUGUUCUUUAAACAUGAAACAUACGAUCAUUGAAACUAUUUGUAGUGUAUUGUAACAAAUAGCAAUAAAAAAAUUGUCAAUUAUGUGAAAAAAAUUGUACGUUUAGUAUUGUUUAGGAAUUAUUCACUAAAUCUUUUUUGUACUUUGUUUUUAUCAUAUAUGCUGUUCAAUUUUAUAGUUUUAUAUAUGUAGUGUAGACCCAUAAUAUAUGUAUUUUGUACAUUUCUUACAUAAAACAUUUUUAAUUCUUGUGUAUAAUACUUUGUUUGCUAAAUCGGUAUCAAAAUUUAAACCUUUUUACCUGUAUUUAUCAAUUUUGUUAAGAAGUAGUAUCAAAAGAUUUAUUUGUAACACUUGAUGUAAAAAAAUAUGGUUUUGUAGUUUGUCAUUUGACAAUGCAUAGUGAAAUACUUUUUUACAUUUUAUGUCACGAAAAACAGAAAUUCAUGUAUUUUAUUUCAUUUUAAAUAAAGUAUACAUGAAAAAUC